UCCAGUUCAUUGGUUUCAUCGCCAAGUACACCGUCGUUAAUGGAAGAUUUCUUAUUUUCAAACAUUACUAACUCGAGUCUGAUCUCUAGGAACCAAUCAGAAAGCAUUAUAAGCACCCCAUUAGAAUUGCUGAGUGAAGAACAAUUGCGCUUGACUCGCCUUGUGGUUCAGAAGUGUCUUGUUCCUAUCAUCACCUGCGCAGGCGUGGCCGGAAAUGUCAUCAGUAUUGCCGUUUUGACUCACAAAAAUAUGAAAACAUCAACAAAUUGCUACCUUACAGCACUGGCUAUAUUUGACGUUUUGUAUUUACUGACAAGCAUGGCCUUAAGUUUAAAACACUAUGAUGAAAUAAAUGAGCAAAGGAUAUACAAGUACUUUUAUUUAUACUCUCGAGUAUUUGUGGAUAUAUGGUCAAACAUAUCUGUGUGCUUGACAGUGACUUUUACAGUCGAACGGUACGUGGUCGUUUGUCAUCCGAUCAAGGGACGCGCCAUUUGCACCCCUAGCAGAGCCAGACUAAUCACGCUCUUCGUUGUUGUGUUUGUAUUUUUGGCGACGUCACCAGAAUUUUUUGAGUGGGAAGUAUAUGAAUUUGUCGAACAACAAAAUAACAUUAGCGAGACCUCCUACGCGAUUCGAACCACUGAAGUUGGGAGUAGUAAGGGUUACGCCGUAUUCUAUAGUUGGUUUAUCGUCUUCAUGUUCACAUUUGCACCACUGGCAGCAUUGCUGACUUUCAACAUAAUUUUGAUUCGGUCAGUGUGCAAAGCAAACCGGAUACGGAGAAGAAUGACGUAUGUUGCCGUAAAGCGUCCGGGUGAAAAAAAAUCAGGUGAACAAACGAAAGUCACGUGUAUGUUGAUCAGUGUCGCCUUUGUGUUUAUUCUUUGUCAACUUCCAACAGCAGCCAUGAUUUGUUUUAACAUAUAUCUUGAACUUGCUGGGGUUGAACUAACCAAAUCUGGAAAUCACUAUCGUAUCAUCGCAGGAAAUGUGACUAACAUUCUAAUAUCACUGAAUGCUGCUGUAAAUUUUGUCCUAUACUCGGUAAUGAGUUCAAGAUUUAGAAAAGUAUUUUUGCGAAUGUUUUGCAAACAUACAAAAUAUAGUACUGCACUACGUCGGAGUAAUUCAGAAUAUUCCUAUUCUACGAGGGUUUCCUCUGUUAGACGAAUUUCAGCUUAUCAUGAUUUUGAGAGUAAACGUCUACGUAAAUUUCUUGACACAAAUUCUCACUCGCCGGAUCAACCAAUCAAACAUUACAAACUUCUUUCAAAUCGACAGCAUUCUCAGGAAUCUGUCUUCUAUAGAGAAUCCUUAGGUCGCAAUAAAGGCUUUCCAAAAUUGUCAUAUACGGAUACGGUGUUGUAA